AUGAGUCUUCCUGAGAUACAAGCUACAGUAAUCGCUCUUCGUAACACUAGGGGCUUACCAUGGCCAGCAGGUCACAAGAAGAAACUCGAUGAAGACAUGCUAGACUGGCUUCAAACCAUGUUUGGUUUUCAGAAAGAUAAUGUUUCCAAUCAAAGGGAGCACUUGAUUUUGUUACUUGCUAAUGUCCACAUUCGACAGUUUCCAAGACCUGAACAACAACCAAAGGUUGCCGAUUAUUCAGCAAGAGGUUCAGCAGCGGAAACUGCUGUACAUGGGACUCUAUCUUUUAAUAUGGGGAGAGGCUGCAAACCUGAGAUUCAUGCCAGAAUGCCUCUGCUAUAUAUAUAUCAUCAUAUGGCUUUUGAGUUGUAUGAGAUGUUAGCUGGGAGUAUUAGUCCAAUGACGGGGGAGCAUGUAAAACCGACAUAUGGUGGUGAAGAUGAAGCUUUCCUGCAGAAAGUAGUGACUCCAAUUCUUUCCGACACUGUCUCUCGAAUUCUUCCUCCUCAACCAACAACUGGAUAA